CGAAGAGCACCCACCACACCUCCUCAACCCUAAUUUCCCUCUUCUAACUUCCUCCAACAAACUCCACCGUCACAACCACAAUCGUUGCCGGAUCGGAGCUGCUAUCAGCGGAUCGAAGCAGUUGUCACCGUCGCGCAUCGAAGCAGUUGUCACCGUCGCGCAUCGAAGCAGCUGUCAGCGGCGUCGUUGGCUUGAACUCUGAACUUUGAAGCUUCUGGUGUCGCGAACGUCUACUCAGCCCUGUUCUCCUCGCCAUCGCAAACGUGCAUGUUCUCCUCGCCGUCGUUCCAGUAUCUCCAGAAGCUUCCUUCCUCCAACAAGUUCACCUACAACUGCGACAACCACACCUUCAACUUCCUCGUUGAUAAUGGCUUCAAUUGUCAUGAUAAAGAUGAACAAUUAGCUACAAAAUAUAAUAUUUUAUUAGUAUGUUUAUUGUUUGUGUGAUCCUUUUAGAUUUACUGGGUUGUGAACAAGGUUCUGAAAAUCGGUUCGAACUGGUCGGUCGAACUGGUCAAACCACGAACCGAAGGGAAUAACGGUUCGGACAGAUAUUGAAACCGGAGAUUUGAAAAACCGACAUUAGACCGUCGAGCCGGCCGAAAACUGGUCGGUUGAACCGAAUCGGGACCAGGCUGGUUUUUUAAAUUUUGCAAAAAACGCCAUCGUUUUGGAUGCUGGAAUACCCUAGCCAAUUACCCAACCCAGCAACCUUAGCUCCACACGACGGCUAAACGCGAACCCAUCCCUCCAUCACCCUCCAGCACCUCCUUCCUCUCACCGUCAUCGAUCUCACUCCCUCACCUUCGUCCAGCUCCCGCCGCCGUCGCGGAAACGAGCUUCGAAGCCACCGUCGUUAUCGUGCAGCUACUGUUUCAGCUUUGAAAGCACCGUCAUGCAGCUCUGUUCCAUUGUCGCCGGGCUCGCCUCCUGCCUCCGUCGCACAGCUCUGUUCCAUCGUCGCCGGUGCUAUCUCUGUUCCACCUGUCAUCCCUUCGGUCGUGCCCUUGUCCCCCUCUUGCUUAGGAUCUGCUCUGCUCUGUUCCAGGGCUUCUAGCUUCUAGGCGGAAUAUUUCGGAUACUGAACUAGGAAGGCGUGGCAAGCAGAUAUUUGGAGCCGGGGAACCAAAAACUGGUGGUUUCCCCUUUCUCCAUCCUCGUUUCCACCGCAAUUCAGGUUCCCCCUUCAUCCCCACCAAAACGAAAAAGAGAAUGAAUCUUUUAAUCCCCAAUAUCCCACAGCAGAUCUCAUUCUCCAAAUCAGUGUCACCGUCACUCUCAGUGUCGGUGACACCUACUCCCCAGCCACGGGCCUCAGUUGUUUGAAACUCCUGAUGAGUUGCCAUCUGCAAGGUUCUUCCCCAAAGGGGUUGUUCAUAGUAUCAGGCCUUAUAGGAGGAUUGAUGCUGAUGAGUUGCUGGGGAAGGGUAGCGGGGUUAGUGAUCAUAGAGAUGGAGAGGAUUCUUCUUCUGCUGCAAGGUUUUUAUCUGAGGGUCUGGAUGAUGAGUAUGAUGAUCAGGAGUGUUCUUCAGCUUUGUUGAGCUCUUCAGAGAAUAAUGGGGUGAGUGUUGAUGGUGGAUUGAAGAAUAAUGGGAGGAAUGGACAGAGGCUUUUGUCUGAGCAUGUUGACAAUGAAGGGUUUUCUUCUUCUCCUUUGGAUUAUGGGAGGAAGGGAGUGAAUUCUGGCAGCCAAAUGAGGAAGAAUAGGAAUGGAAGCAGGCUUAUGUCAGAGGGUGGUCGUGAUGGGUUUGAUAAUGAAGUGUGUUCUUCUUCUUCUUCUUCUCCUUUGAGUUAUGGAAGAAGUGGUGGGAAUUAUGAUGGUAGAAUGAGAAGGAAUACGAAUGGAAGGAGGCCUUUUUCAAAGGAUGAUGAUUAUGGAUCUGAUGAUGGAGAGUAUUCCUUUUCUCCUUUCAAUUCUGAGAGGAAUGGAGUUGACGGCAGAAUGAGGAAGAAUGGGAAUGGAAGGAGGUUUCCAUCAAGGGAUGUUAGUGGGUCUGAUGAUGGAGAGUAUCCCUCUUCUCCUUUCAGUUCUGAGAGGAAUGGAGGGACUGUUGAUGGCAGAAUGAGGAAGAAUGGGAAUGGAAGGAGGUUGGCGUCCAGGGAUGUUAAUGGGUCUAAUGGGUCUUACUCUGGCCGAGUUGGUUCUGGUAUGAGGCAGGGUCGGGGUAAUCCUAGCGCCAACAGAAGAGGUAGUGCUAACAGAAGAGGUGGAACAUACAGUAGCAGAAAUUCAAGCUAUGAUUCGCCAAGAGUCAGAUGCUAAUUCUGAAGUUUAUGAUAUGGAUUUGCAACAGGAUGGAAGUUACGGGUUCCCCAGGAAGAGUGAGCAAUCUGAAUCUAGAAAUUGUUGAUGGUUUGAACACUCAGUCAAUCAAGGCAUUGUAGAGGAUGAAUGGAGUGCUGCUAACGGCAAAAUGUUUCUUGAGGAAGGUGACAGAUGCAGAAAACGUAUUGCCAUUUUGGUAGGCCUUUCUAGUCAGCUUAAUUCCUCAGAAUUUAUUGAUUCCAUGAAAACAACAAUGUCUUGUCUGAAUAUGCGGCAAGUUGAAUUUGCACAAGGACCUGUCAAAUACUAUAUUAUUUUGUAUAUAUUACAUUUGAGUCUUGAAAGAAACAUUACUCGUUAUAGCUAUUCAUCAUUUAUGUCUUUAGUUGAAAUCCAUAGAAGUUUUAAUUUUCAUGAUUGCCAUGUAGUUCUUCCUUGGUGAUCUGUUCUUUAAUUCUGUGGUAACUGACCUAAAGUAUUGGUAUAGAUUUGUUGAAACAAUCUCAAUAUGAUGAAUUGCUGAUCAAUUCUUAAAUUGUAUUAUUCA